CCUACUUUCCCCUUGUUUGCUUCUUUCAACUAUAUACUCACUAAACAAAAAAUACUGCAAACAUAGCAGCUAUAGAAUAUAAACGUCGUGGUAUUGGUUAUGACUAAAACUGUAUGAACUUUGACAAACAAACAGAUGUCUGGAUAAUGUGUGGUUGUUCGUCGUUAUACAAAAAUCUGUUUAUUUCCCAGCGUGCAUGAGCAGCCAGGAAGUGAAUAUCGACAGUUCUGCAGAACAAGGAGCCUGGCAGGGAGAUGGAGAUUGACUGCGAACCAGAGGACUCUCUUAUCUCCUCGUUUGACGAAGACUGUGUUCAGCUUGGAGGCGUCAAGGACAUGAGGCUGGAGGCGGAGGCGGUGGUCAGCGAUGUGCUCUUCGCAGUGACGGAGAUGUACGUCUCUCAGAGUCUGGACUGUGCUUUGGAUGUGGCAUACAUUAACGUUGAAAUAAGAGAAGGUACUCGCUUUUGCCUGGAGCUCACUGAAGCAGGCCUAAGGGUAGUUGGCUAUGCCUUUGACCAAGUGGAUGAGAGCUUAAGCACUCAGUACCAUGAGGCAGUUUACUCCCUCCUGGACACCCUGAGCCCAGGAUACAGAGCCGCCUUCGGGAACGCCCUGCUGCAGAGACUGGAGAGACUGAAGCAAAAUGGACAAUAGGUCGAGGGAAAGGAGCUUCUGAAGCCGAGGUUGUUAAAACGGACACUUAUAUAAGCCUUUGGUUAUGGAGAAAGUUGCUUUCAUAGAGACAAAAGUGCUAUAUGGACAAAAGUAUUAAAACUAUUUGGACAAAAGUA